AUGCCGCCAAAGAAUCAGCGACGUUCUCAUACCAAGUCGAAGAACGGAUGCAGUCAAUGCAAGGUUCGGCGGAUCAAGGUCAGCAUGUUCGGACGAGACACCUCAACCAGGGGUCUUUGUAACAACUGCGAACGGCGCCAAAUAUUCUGCGACUUUUCGGCGUCGCCCGGUAGCAGCAAGUCUCCCAGCAACGUUGCCCCAGAUGUACGAAGACAAGGGAGUCAGGCGGGAUCGGUCAGUGGGUCACAGCGGACGCCGACGCAGCCUGUAGUCGACCCGUUUCAACAGCCUGACCUCGUGAGCACCAAAAAGAGCACUGAUCUUGAUGUGACCGACCUGCGCUUGAUGCAUCAUUUCACCAGCGUGGUUGCGCUCGACCUGGCCAACGCCAAAACUCCCGAAGCACAGGCAUUGUGGCAGGUCCAUGCGGUUAAGCUGGGCUUGAAGCACGAAUUCCUUCUCCGAGGCAUCCUGGCUGUUUCAGCAUUUCAUCUUGCUUAUCUCUAUCCUGACAGGAAGGCCGAGUAUGAACUGAUUGGGACGACGCAUCAAAGCCUUGGUCUGACUGAGUUUCAAGAAACAUUGGGCCACGUUGACGAAACAAACUGCCAGGCGCUUUUUGCCUUUUCCUGCCUGCUGAUCGUGCUGGCCUUUGCUUCCAGUGCGAAAGACAAACCCGAAGACUUUACGCAUGACGUGCUGCAUUGGUUCUAUUUGCUGAGGGGCGCAAACAUGGUCCUGAAUAUGCAUCACGAUACCAUCCGGUGCAGCUUCCUCAAGCCGUUACUGGACGAAAUGGCGCACAUGGAUAACAUUGCCGCCUACAGAUUUCCAGACACCGACCAGAUCACCAAGUUAUUUCGGGUAUGCAGUUCUUCGGAGCACGACAAAGAGACGGCGCAAGCCAUCGACCUGGCGAUACAUUCGCUUCUCAGCACCUUUAUUCAAGCUUCAUUACUGAAAACUCGUGGCGACGGCACUGUUCUAGCAACAUUUGUCUGGCCGAUCAAUUUACCACCCAAGUUUCUUGAUCUUUUGGGCGAGAAACAGCCGGAAGCCAUGGUCAUUCUUGCACAUUAUUGCGUUCUCAUAUACUGGGGAGAGACCCACCAUGAGGACACCUGGUUCAUCAGUGGAUGGGCCAAGUAUAUGCUUGAGACGGUAAAGGAAUCGAUACCGGAUGCGUGGCAAGAACAGCUCGAUUGGCCAACCAUGAUGAUCACAAAAGAACACGGGUCGCCCAGUGUUGACGCAGCACCUUUGGCCGGAAGUCGAACGAUGGGUUAA